GUGGCAAUCACGCGCUGAUUCUUCUCUACCAACCACAAAGACAUUGGUACCCUUUAUCUCGUAUUUGGUGCCUGAGCCGGAAUAGUGGGAACCGCCUUAAGCCUUCUUAUUCGAGCUGAGCUUAGCCAACCCGGGUCACUUCUAGGUGAUGACCAAAUUUAUAACGUUAUCGUCACUGCCCACGCCUUCGUAAUAAUCUUCUUUAUAGUAAUACCCGUUCUUAUUGGGGGAUUUGGAAACUGACUUGUACCACUAAUAAUCGGAGCCCCAGACAUAGCAUUCCCACGAAUAAAUAACAUAAGUUUCUGAUUAUUACCCCCAUCAUUCCUGCUGCUAUUAGCCUCUUCUGGUGUUGAAGCUGGGGCCGGAACAGGGUGAACAGUAUAUCCGCCCCUUGCAGGAAAUCUAGCCCACGCAGGAGCAUCAGUAGACCUAACAAUUUUUUCACUUCACCUAGCAGGUGUUUCAUCAAUCCUGGGGGCAAUUAACUUCAUCACCACAACCAUUAACAUGAAGCCCCCAGCCAUCUCUCAGUAUCAAACACCCCUGUUCGUCUGAUCCGUACUUGUAACCGCCGUCCUACUCCUCUUAUCACUGCCUGUUUUAGCUGCCGGGAUUACAAUACUACUAACAGAUCGAAACCUCAACACCACAUUCUUUGACCCAGCAGGCGGAGGAGACCCAAUCCUUUACCAACACCUAUUCUGAUUCUUUGGUCACCCAGAAGUCUACAUUCUUAUCCUUCCAGGAUUUGGAAUCAUCUCCCAUGUUGUAGCCUACUACUCAGGUAAAAAAGAACCGUUUGGUUAUAUAGGUAUGGUGUGAGCAAUAAUGGCCAUCGGCCUUCUAGGGUUUAUUGUAUGAGCCCACCACAUAUUCACCGUCGGUAUGGACGUAGACACUCGUGCAUACUUUACAUCUGCAACAAUAAUUAUUGCCAUCCCAACAGGUGUAAAAGUAUUCAGCUGAUUAGCCACACUUCACGGGGGGUCGAUCAAAUGAGAAACACCCAUACUAUGGGCUCUGGGGUUCAUUUUCCUAUUUACAGUAGGCGGGCUCACAGGAAUCGUCCUAUCCAACUCAUCACUAGACAUUGUCCUUCAUGAUACUUAUUACGUAGUAGCACAUUUCCACUAUGUACUAUCAAUAGGCGCUGUAUUUGCUAUUAUAGCAGCCUUCGUACACUGAUUCCCCCUACUAGCCGGAUACACCCUCCACAGCACAUGAACAAAAAUCCACUUUGCAGUUAUGUUUAUCGGAGUUAACCUAACAUUCUUCCCACAACACUUCCUAGGCCUAGCGGGCAUGCCACGACGAUAUUCUGACUACCCAGACGCCUACGCCUUAUGAAAUACAGUAUCAUCCAUUGGAUCACUAAUUUCUCUAGUGGCGGUUAUUAUAUUCCUAUUUAUUCUAUGAGAAGCCUUCGCCGCUAAACGGGAGGUACUAUCUGUAGAACUAACAAUAACAAAUGUAGAAUGACUCCACGGCUGCCCCCCUCCAUAUCAUACGUAUGAGGAACCAGCAUUUGUCCAAAUUCAAUCAAAUUAA